ACCAAAAAACGACGUGAAAAUUAAUCUAACCAAAAAACAGAUAAAAAGUGAAGCUUUCGUAAACAUCUGUGGUGAGAAAAAGCUUGCAAAAAUUGUAGUGCUCGCAAGAAUAGUGUCGAUUGCGCUACUUCAUAACUUCGGGGGAAACAUGGAGAUAAUGAAGCUCUCAGUGAACAAAUUGCUCGUCUGCGUGGUCCUCCUGGCCGUGGUGCUCUUCUGUCAACCCUCGGAAGCUGGCCCGGCCCGGCAGCUGGCCAGUUUGGCGGCGGCGCGCGUCUCCAAGAUUCCACGCUCCAUCCGGGCGCCAUUCCGCAACUCGGAAAUGAUGACGGCCCGGGGCUUCGGCAAGCGGCGGGCACCGAUCGGGGUGAGCUACGGCGGUGGUGGCAGUGCCGGGCGGCCCUCGCAUCACAGUCUCUCCACCGGCGACGGCGAGACGGCUUCGUGGGCCGAGGAAAAACACGACAUCGGCAAGCUGAUGGAGGAUCUGGCCAGCAUGGAUCAGAGCGCCGAUCCGCUGCAGCAACUGAUCGUCAGUGAACCGGAAAACAGUUUUCCCCUGGAAUGGUUCGCCAACGAGAUGUCCACCAAUCCAACGCUGGCCAAGUCGAUUCUGCAACGCUUCGUCGACACCAACCGCGAUGGUUUGCUUGAGACGGGUGAACUGAUGCCGUCGGGCGGUAGCAGUGCGAACGAGGUGGCCGAACUGUACUAAAGACGAGGCUUUCGAUCGGCUCGAAUCAACCUCGACGCCUGGAAGUGCGGUCUAGAGCGCUUGCUGAAGGCCCACCUGUUUUUCCUCUUACUGUUGCCAAGAAAAAGCAUAUACUACAAUGAUCCGACACAUCCGGCCCCACCGAAUCCUUCCUGUGUUCCCAGAGGGGGGAGAAUGUGCAGCACAUAGCAUAAGGCUUCCGAUGAGCUCAGUUUAUCCAACAAAAUUUUUCCUUCCCGAUGUGCUUACUAUCUUUCAUCCUCCUAGCAUGAUACAACCAUUAUUUAUUUUCUUUCGUAAAUCAUACUACAUACAUACAUUAUAAAGCAGUUAAUCCAGUUCCUCCCCAAACUUUAGAGCUGUAGCUCCUACUAAUUCAAUUUGAACUAGUCGUUGUGUGCAAUGUUGCGGUGCAAUUACAAACCUGAAUGUGAUCGUUUUAAUUUCCAAUGAGAUACCUGCCUGAUAGUUGGAUGUAGAAAUUAUGGUUGAAGAAAGUAAUAUCGCUGAGCCAUACACCUUCAACAUGGCAGCUGCAUGAUGGUAUGGUACAACCCUGUUUCCCGCAGUAAAGACAGAAAAUGAACAAAAAUGAAGAAAAAUAAAAACAUGAAAAACGCCCGAAAACGUAACCAAUAAAGGCUGGGUAUUGGUUUUACCUUUUCCGGCGUUUUUAUUCGCGGAAAUGCUGUCUUCUUUAACAUCUACGCGGGGACGCGGGUUUUCGAUUGUAAAAAUGCUCCCAAAAUGAACACUUGCUCGGUAUUCCUUUACGCUGCUAGCAGGCUGGAUAAAGCUGGUUGCCUGCCGGCUUUUCUCUCGUAAUGCUCUUCGUUGCCAUUCGCCAUGUUCACGGUGCACCACACAACGGACAACUAUUUGUAGCAUAGUAGAUGUUAAGGCGGGGCAACAGUGAAGGAGCUCGAAAGUGGAGAUAUAUUGAAUUAUUUAAAAAAGAAGAAACAAGCAAACACACACAGAAAAUAAAACACUCAUUAAGACACAUACACAGUUCUUAUACAAUCGGUUAAUGUUAAGUAAAAGUCAAGAGACAACCAAAACAUGCAAAGCAUCUCUAGCGAGCGUGGAGAAAGCGUGGAGGUAGAGGAAAUGAUUACCUUAACAAUUGUGUAAUAUAUAAAUAGUACAUUUAUUCACAUGAAUAAAGACAAAAUAGUUACUGAAAAAACCGUCAUAU